AUGGCAACACUUUUUGCAGCAUCAACGUCGUCGGAAGGCAACAAAGGCAGUGGUCGUGAAGGCAACAGUCUAGGCCAACAACAGUACCCAGCAACGACCGUACCUGAUCUUGCACCUUCCAAUGUCAACCCAUCGAGCCACAAUGCACGAGAAUGUCCCUUGCUUGAUAAUAGCCACACAUCCACUUCUCCUACAGACCCCUCGCCUUCAGUUGCUACCGAAUCAUUGCCGUCGACUUAUGCCACACUCCCACGAACAACAAAGCUGGAUGAGGAACCCAAUCCUUUUGAACAAAGUUUUUCCAGUGGUAUUGACAAGGAGGAUAACCGAAACAUGGGUAACAGCAGCAACAACAACAAUCGUCGCAUAUUACCUCCAUUGGCAGCGAUCGAUAGUCCAACUCGUGGUGUCAUUUCUCGAAAGGAUGAGAUCAUUUGGGAUUCUUUACGCAGUGGGCCUUUAUCGCCAUCCAUGUUGACGGGUCCUGCAGAAGAUAAACGAUCAAGAUUAUCGGAUCAUCAUCAUCAUCAUCACUCUUCGUAUCCAGGGCAACAGCAGCAACAACAACGAUCAGGUAGCAUGAUGAAAUAUGAAGUCAUUCCAUCCGCUAUUGUGGACCGUGCGCAAACGGUAUCAUCGACAUCCAUGUAUAAUUAUGCUGCAUCAACUGCACCCGCUUCCGCUAUCGUCGCACCAUCAUCAGCACAAGCACCAGGACGGGAAACGACUGGUCAAGUGGCGCCAUCCAAUGACGAAUUCCCGCCGCCUCCACCAAGUUCGUUUGUGAAACGAAAAUAUCCAACGUCCGCUCAUGUUACACCACCUCCACCACCAUCAUCAACAACAACAGCCGAGAUCAUUCAUGAACAUCCAAGUAUCAAACGUCGUGCACAAACCAAAUACGUCGACGAUGAGGAAAAACGUAAAAACUUUUUGGAAAGAAAUCGUCAAGCUGCCUUCAAGUGUCGACAACGUAAAAAGCAAUGGGUACAAGAUUUGCAAAGUAGUGCAGAGUAUUUGACAGCCACCAAUGAGCAGCUCAAGAUGGAAACCGCAAGACUACGUGAAGAAAUCUUCCAUUUGAAAUCCUUGUUACAAGAACAUACGUCGUGUCCUUUGAAUCCACAAGCAGUGCUGGAAGCGAUCAAUCGACCUAUACCACAUUCAGACACAAUCACUCAAUAUCCACCAACUUCAACUGAGUCCUCACCAUCAACAGCGAUCCAACGCAUUUAA